AUGCUUCCAUUGACUGAUAAUGUGAAAAAUGCACUGAUUACCAUGUAUUCCAGGUGCGGCUACCUUUCGCAUGCGCAUAUUAUGUUCAGAUUGUCCGAAACUAAAAGUGUAGUUACGUGGAAUUCGAUCAUAUCCGGUUUUGCACAGUGGGACCGGCCUGAAGAAGCCACGUAUCUCUUUAAAGAACUGUUGCUUGCCGGCAUUAAACCGAAUUUCGUGACUCUUGCGGGGAUUCUACCCCUUUGUGCCAGGGUGGCGAAUCUGAGACAUGGGAAAGAGUUCCACUGCUACAUUUGCAGGUGUGAAGAAUUUCAGAGUCACCUGUUGCUUUGGAAUUCUCUUAUAGAUAUGUAUGCAAGAUCGGGUAAAGUUUCAACUGCCCGAAAAUUGUUCGAUUUGCUCGAGAACAGAGAUACAGUUUCGUACACGUCGAUAAUAGCUGGGUACGGCAUGCAGGGCAAUGGUAAAGGCCGGCUUGCUGAGGAAGGCAAAAGAUGUUAUCCUAGGGAUGCCUUACGAGCCAACCCCCGAAAUGUGGGCCACGCUCUCGGGGCUUGUAGAAUCCAUGGGGACACUAAUAUUGGGGAAUGGGCUGCCGAGAAGCUUUUAGAAAUGAGACCCCAGAAUUCGGGUUAUUAUGUGUUGAUUGCGAACAUGUAUGCUGCUUCCGGUUGCUGGGGUAAAUUGGCAAAAGUGAGAAGUUUUAUGCGGGAUUUGGGCGUGAGGAAAGAUCCCGGGUGUGCCUCGGUUGAUACUGGAGAUGGGUUCGAGCCUUUUAUGGUCGAGGAUAGUUCAAACAGUCAAGCGGAUGAGUUAUACUCCUUGCUGGGCGGGCUGACUAAGCAAAUGAGAGACAUUGAUCGCGUAGUUCACGUUAACUUUGAAGCUGAAGGAGAAAAUUUGACUGAGAAUUUUGAGCCGUAA